GCGCGCACCCCUACGGGAGGGGAUGGGGGCGGGGAGGAGACUAUAAAACGAGAGGCGGGGCGCGCGCCGCGGCAGAAGGAGCGAAGCUCUGGCCCGGCGCGCAGUGGUCGUAGUACGGGGAUGCUGGGCCGGGCACCGGGCUGUGUGGAGAAGUGAGCGCGCUCGCCUGACCUGUCCCCGUCACCCCGAGCCCCAGGGGGCGAGUUCCCGAGGCCCGCGCCGAGGCCCCCGUCCUCCGCCCGGCGAGGCCGUCUUGCAUUCAGCCUGCUGUCCGCUGCCGAUCCUCCCGAGCCCCCGCCCUGCCGCCCCUUCUCCCCCGCCCCGCGGCCGGCUCUGUGGUGGAAGCAGCCCGAGCAAGACCACUGAAGGUGAAGGAUAAUCUACAAAGUACCAGCACUUUGAAUGAAAAUUUGUUUCUCUGCCACAAACUGAACACUUUUGUGUGCGUGUGUGGGGGGAAGUUGAAACACAAAUCUCACUUUGUGGCAUAGCAGCUAUGCAGCUUGAAAUCCAAGUAGCACUAAAUUUUAUUAUUUCAUAUUUGUACAAUAAGCUUCCCAGGAGACGUGUCAACAUUUUUGGUGAAGAGCUUGAAAGACUUCUUAAGAAGAAAUAUGAAGGGCACUGGUAUCCUGAAAAGCCAUACAAAGGAUCAGGGUUUAGAUGUAUACACAUAGGGGAGAAAGUGGACCCAGUGAUUGAACAAGCAUCCAAAGAGAGUGGUUUGGACAUUGAUGAUGUUCGUGGCAAUCUGCCACAGGAUCUUAGUGUUUGGAUCGACCCAUUUGAGGUUUCCUACCAAAUUGGUGAAAAGGGACCAGUGAAGGUGCUCUAUGUGGAUGAUAAUAAUGAAAAUGGAUGUGAGUUGGAUAAGGAGAUCAAAAACAGCUUUAACCCAGAGGCCCAGGUUUUUAUGCCCAUCAGUGACCCAGCCUCAUCGGUGUCCAGCUCUCCGUCGCCUCCCUUUGGUCACUCUGCUGCUGUAAGCCCUACCUUCAUGCCCCGGUCCACUCAGCCUUUAACCUUUACCACUGCCACUUUUGCUGCCACCAAGUUCGGCUCUACCAAAAUGAAGAAUAGUGGUCGCAGCAACAAGGUUGCACGUACUUCUCCUAUCAACCUCGGCUUGAAUGUGAAUGACCUCUUGAAGCAGAAAGCCAUCUCUUCCUCAAUGCACUCUCUGUACGGGCUCGGCCUGGGCAGCCAGCAGCAGCCCCAGCAGCAGCAGCAGCCCUCCCAGCCGCCACCGCCGCCGCCGCCACCGCAGCCGCAGCCACAGCAGAAAGCCUCCGCUCUUUCUCCCAAUGCCAAGGAAUUUAUUUUUCCUAACAUGCAGGGUCAAGGUAGUAGUACCAAUGGAAUGUUCCCAGGUGACAGCCCCCUAAACCUCAGUCCUCUCCAGUACAGUAAUGCCUUUGAUGUGUUUGCGGCCUAUGGAGGCCUCAACGAGAAGUCUUUUGUAGAUGGCUUGAAUUUUAGCUUAAAUAACAUGCAGUAUUCUAACCAGCAAUUCCAGCCUGUCAUGGCUAACUAAAAAAGGAAAAAAAAAAAAGAAUCCUACAAGUUAAAAUGCACGGGCCCAAGGGGGAUUUUUUUUUCACCUCCUUGAGAUUUUUUUUUUUUUUUUAAGCUUAUAGUAAGGAUACAUUCAAGCUUGGUUACAAAAAUAAAACCUGCAUCAUUUUUCAUUUGCCAACCAAGCACAAAGUUAUUUUAUACUGACUGUAUAUUUUAAAGUAUACGCUCAGAUAUGGCCUCUUACAGUAUUUAAGAUAUAGCAAGGACAUGGCUGAUUUUUUUUUU